UCUUUGAUAUUAUUGUGUGCGGAAGUGAGAGACUAGCCAGCGUGUUGGUAGCCCAGAUAAUCAUUUCAAUUGGCUAUGAUUAGCCCCAAUUAGUAGCAGACAAGCUGGAAAGAAACCAGAUAAACUAGUUAAUGCGUCUUGUUAACUACUAUAGUCAAUGUUAGUGUAACAUUCUCCAUUCUGUACAGGGCAAAGAACUGUUUAGCUAAUAGCUAACGUUAGCUAGCUAUUCUAGAGAUGGCCAGGUUCAUUACACCCGGUUCCAUGGAGGCCGUCUCGCGGCUGGACGGUACACCGGGGGGGAAGAGGGGUGCUCCAGCCUUGGACACUGAUACGGACUCCACACGGGAGAUUAAAACCCACUUCCGUGUGUGUCGGUUCAUCAUGGAAACGGGUGUGAAGUUGGGCAUGCGUUCGGUGCCCGUGGCGACAGCGUGUGUGUUGUACCACCGGUUCUUCCAGUGUGUCAGUGUGACGGUGUAUGAGCCCUACCUGGUGGCUAUGAGCUGCGUCUACCUAGCAGGCAAGGUGGAGGAGCAGCACCUCCGCACCCGUGACAUCAUCAACGUGUGUCACAGGUAUUUCCACAGUAGUAGUGAACCUCUGAACUGUGAUGGUGAGUUCUGGGACCUCAGGGACAGUGUGGUGCAGUGUGAACUCCUGGUCCUCAGACAACUCAACUUCCAUGUCUCCUUCAGGCACCCACACAAGUAUCUCCUCCACUACCUCCUGUCGGUGAAGUCGUUAGUGAAUCGUCACGCCUGGUCCAGAACUCCCGUCGCCGAGACCACCUGGGCGUUGCUUAGAGACUGUUACCAUGGCACCAUGUGUGUGCGCUACGCUCCCCAACACAUCGCCAUAGCAACGCUGUACCUGGCACUACUCAGCUACGGGGUGGAGGUUCCUGUCGGGGAGAGAGAGUGGUGGCAGGUGCUGUGUGAAGACAUCACUAAGGAACACAUUGAUGCCAUCAUCUCUGACCUGCUACACCUCUACGACAUGGAGGCCAAAUGUACCUGAGGGAGGGGGGGACCGUGUGUGUGUACUACCUUCUGUACUCUGAAGAACUGAACUGUUUUUCAACUGUUCAUCUUUUUGAUAAUAAAUGUUAAAUUAAGAGUUAGUACAUAACUGGUUUAGUUAGGAACUCCACUCACCAGAUUGUCUAGGUCUUAGUUGGACACGGAUUAAAGGGAAUUAACCAGCAGACACACAGCCCUCCACAAAUUGAGUUUGAUACCCAUGGUCUAUGAUGUUUGAAUCCAAAUAAAACAGAAACAACAAGGAGCUCUCUCUCCUGUCCUCCUCUCUUUCUCUCUCCUGUCCUCCUCUCUUUCUCUCUCCUGUCCUCCUCUCUUUCUCUCUCCUGUCCUCCUCUCUUUCUCUCUCC